AUGACGAAAACUACAAAAGAAAAAAUCAUAGAACUCGAAGUUUCCGUCCGCGAAACACAGCAGGAAAUAUCAUCAGCUAUAAAAGAGAAUACUGAAAACUUGAAUACAGCAGAGCUGCUGCAGCGCGUUGCAGCAAACGAAGAAAAGAUCCGCCAGCUAAGAAUUUCUGGUGAAGCCCCCGAGGCGGUUCUGCUGCAGCAGGAGAGGCUGCUGCUGCAGCACCUGCAGCAGCAGCAGCAGCAGCACCUGCAGCAGCAGCAGCAGCAGCACCUUCAGCAGCAGCAGCAGCAGCACCUGCUGCAGCAGCAGAACCUGCUGCAACAGAACCAGCAGCGCCUGGUGCAGCAGCAGCGCCAGCAGCAGCAGCAGCAGCAGCAGCAGCAGCAGUUCCUUGCGCUUCAGAUGCUGCAGCAGGAGCAGCAGCUGCUGCAGAUAAAGAAAAGGAGAAGAAAAAAGAAGAAGCAAAAUCAACAGAAAUAA